AGUUGCUGAAGUUUCAAACCCAAUUUUUAAUGCAACCACUUUAAAUGAUUUUACGAACUUGCAACUUUUUUGCAACAGCAAAGUCAAAUAUUGGCUCUAAAUGAAGCUAUACGACAAGAAAAAGCAUCUUCUUCCAUUGAUUGUAAUAAUCCUGUCACUAUUUCUCCUGAUUAUGCAACUUCAACUUCAAUUCCACCUACACCAAUUCGUGCUAGCAAGCCAUCAAAUCGAUGGACAUCAGCAGAAAUUCGGAUACUUAUUAAAGAGGUUGGAGCAGCAGGGAGGGCGUGCAGACCAAUUUAUUUUAACCUGGGACCCAAGAAUGAUAGUUUUCGAAAUAAGCAUUCUGGGCCCUCCCUGCUACUAAAAUGAUUACUUAUUAAUUUCGCCAUUCUAGGGCUCUUUAAAUAUAGUUCUAGUAUAUCAAUAAAAUUAGUAUUCUUAGAACGUAUUCUAG